AUGAAUUUCCCGAGGAGUCCGAUGAAGGCACACGCGCGUCGCUCGUGGACGGGCGAUAACACUGGCUUCGCUAGUCCUAGCUACGCAGCGGGCACGCCUCAGCCUGUGCUUGGUACUCCGCACAUGCCUGUCCACGGUACCCCUCGCCUGCCUGUUCAAGGUACCCCUUACCUGCCCGUUCACGGUACACCGCACAUGCCUGUACAUGGUACCCCCCGCCACCACGUCGGCACGCCGUACUAUCCCGACCACCGACAGCUGGACAGCUUCCAGUUCGGCCACCCGCGCGCCUCCCCAGGCAUGGUGUCCAACAAAUCGUUCGAUUACAGCCCGUACUCCCAGGCUAGCGACCUGCGGGGUGGCUUCUCGCCCGCGUACUCAGAGCUGCCUGUGAUCCCUGCCGGUUCAGCACGCAGGCGCUCGCACUCCUUCACGACCCCUGCUGGCGGGGGUUUCUCGCCUGCGAGUUUGCCCAUGGGCACGCCCGCCGUUCCCAUGGGCCCAGUCUUCUCGCCCUUCGAUGGCGCCUAUCCACCCACGCCCUUCCCGCCCACGCCUGGCGCCCACCCAGUCACUCCCAGCGCCUACCCGACCACCCCUGGCGUCUACCCGUCUACUCCCAGCGGCUAUCCGACCACCCCUGGUGGCUACCCAUCCACGCCCGGCGUCUACCCAACUACCUCGAGGCAUUCCCGUCGCAUGUAUGACUUCGCUAUCGCGCGUGAUAGCGGGUAUGAGGGCGCCGACUACCGUCGCGGUCGUCGUUCGUCGUCCGUGUUCCAAGGUCCUUCUCCUGGAUACCAGGCCGCCUCGCCCGCGUACCAUCGCGGGCGUCGGUCGUCGUCUGCCCAUCAAGGCCGUCCAUCCUCCAUGCACCGUGGUCGCUCGUCCUCCGCCCACCGUGGCCGGUCGCCCUCCGCUCACCGAGGUCGAUCGUCCUCCGCACACCACGCUCGCUCCUCCUCCGCGCUUCGUGGCCGCUCGUCCUCCGCGCACCCAGCCGCCCGCGGGCACCGCCGCUCAGCGAGCGCCGUGACCUUCGCGUACCCCGAGGCCACGUACAUCGCGCCCGGCAUGUUCAGCAACACGAUCAAGUUCCGCGUGAAGCACGCGGAGGAGAGCGGGAUCCGCCUGCGCGAUAUCCUGCGCGACGAUUUUCGGGUGUCGGGGAAGUAUACGUAUCGGGUCCAUUCGAACUCGUUGAGGGAUAUGAAGAUUGAGUGGCCUGGAUACCCUUCUGCCAACUACCGCGUCGAGUUCCGCUCGAAUUCGAUGGGUAAUUUGAACUUGCGCUCGCUCGCCAGGUCCCUCGGCGAGUCGUGCAAGCUCUAUUUCAAGGCCAACCCCGUCCCCUUCGACUGGAAGGAGGCUAGGCUAUACUGCAUUCGCGACACGGGUGGCCUUUGGAAGGUCAGCCUGCACUGA